UUACUGUGUCUGGAUCCAGUCCAAGAGAGAAACUGCUGAAGUGUCCAGAUGGAGUUCUGAUUCUACAGCUGACUGCAUCCAACUCUGCAGGAGAAGGACCACGAGGGAGACAGAUCUUCUCCCAGCCUGCUUCUCCUGCAGUCGGCUUGGUCAUCGUGAUUGUGUUCACAGUUACCAUCUUCACAGUGAUUGUGGUCAACCUGAUGUGCUGGAGAUGUGUCAGGAAACGGUAAUAA